UUCAGGUCACAAAUAAAAUGGCUCCGAAGCAGGUUUCGAAAAAAGGCGAUGUUGGAACAGAUAAAGGAGAAAAAGGGAUUGGUAGACCAAAAGCAGCGAAGGCUUUGGAUGCAAAGAAAAAGGUUGUCAAAGGACAAUUCAAGGUCCAUAAGAAAGGGGUUAGAACAUCUGUACAUUUUCAUAGACCACGUACACUGACUUUACCACGGUCGCCUCGCUAUCCGCGAAAAUCUGUUCCUAGACGUGAAAAACUUGAUGCAUAUGCCAUCAUUAAACAUCCAUUGACAACGGAGUCAGCAAUGAAGAAAAUCGAAGAUACAAACACUCUGGUUUUCAUUGUUGAUAUCAAAUCGAAUAAGCCACAGAUACGACUCGCUGUCAAAAAACUUUACAAUAUCGAUGUGCAAAAGGUGAAUACUUUGGUGACGCCAAAUCACGAGAAGAAGGCAUACGUACGUUUGGCACCUGACUAUGACGCACUAGAUGUUGCAAAUAAAAUUGGCAUUAUUUGAAGUGUUUUACUGCCUUGUCAUGCAGCCCAUAUUGUUUUUUAUAUAUGAAUAAAUAAAAUAAAUUA